AUGGAGGAGAUCAUCAAGAAGUUGAACCUCGCGAAGGUCUCAACUUUGAUGCAGCUGAUGAAGUUGUCGGCUGGUGAGAGCGUGACAAGGUCACUAGCAAAAUUGGAGCUCCCACCCAUUGAUCUGAAACCCGAUGGGCCAGCUACGUAUCUGAGCUGGUCACGUCGGGUGAGGUACACUCUCGUAGAGAGGAAUCUGGAGGAGUACUUGACAGGUGAAAAGACAGAGCCGGAUGAGGGCACUGUGGGAAGAGAUGAGUGGAAGUCCACUCAUAUAUUGGUGUACAUCUGGCUUCUCAACUCAUUAGUCCAGUCGAUUGCCGCCACAGUGGACGGUAUUAGGAAGGUGAAGGACGUCUGGGAGAAGCUGAGAAGAACCUAUGAUGGGGUGGGGAAUAACAUGAGGGUGUUUCAUAUUAAGAGGGAGAUUAAUGCUAUAGUCCAGGGAGAUAGGACAAUGCAGGAGUAUGCCACAAAGCUGGAGCACUUAUGGCUGUAUCAUGAUCACUUCUUACCUCGAGCCAGCUGCAAGGAUCCAGAGUGUAAGGAGUAA